AUGUCGCUCUCGGGGCCGGGGUCGGCAAAGGAGAAGGCCAUGCUGAUGCGCUGGGCGAUCUCCAACAUGUCCCCGCGGCAGUGCAAGUGGCUGGUCAAGAUCAUCCUGCGGGACCUCAAGGUGGGGCUGUCUGUGGAGCGUGUGCUGAGGGACUACCACCCAGACGCCAACAAGAGCUUCAACAUCAACCAGGACCUGGAGAAGGUGGUGAACGACCUGGCAGACCCCAGCACGCGCCUCAUCAAGGACGUGGCGCACCCCGGUGACACCAUCCGCCACCAGCUGUGCGACCGCAAGGACAGCGUCGACGCGGUGUUCGCGGCGGUGUCAGGGGGCAGGGCGGUGUCGCCACCGUUUGUGGUGGAGAUCAAGGUUGACGGGGAGCGCAUCGCGGUCCACAUGAAGGGGGGCAAGCUCAUCGCAAUGACCAGCCGCCAGGGCUUUGACCACCACAGCAAGAGCAACUAUGACGUCAUCACGCCCGUUAUCCCUCCCGAUAUAAUCCUGGACGGCGAGAUGAUCGUGUGGAACAAGCGGCGCUGCCAGUUUGAGCCGUUCGGCAGCCUCAAGGCCGUGGUCAACGCGGCGCGCAACGGCGCCAAGGGGGGCGCGCGCAUCGAGACCGACUCGCGGAUGGGCGGCGGGGACCCCUCCUGGGACUGCCCAAACGCGGAGGACGUGGAGAUCGUUUUCGUGGCGUUUGACGUGCUGUACCAGACCGGCGCGGGCAGCGUCACGCACGAGCCGCUGCACAAGCGCCACGACCUGCUGCGCACCGCCGUCCGCGCCGCGCCGCCCGAGGGCUACCCACUCGGGCCGCCCGGCUGCGCCAUCCGCGGCCGCGUCGCCGCGCUGCUGCCCGGCCAGCCGCUGCUCCCGCCAUGCGCUGACAGCGACGGGGGCGCAUCGGCGGGCGGCGGCGGCGGCGGCGGAGGGGCGGCGAAUGCGGCCGCGGCGACGAGUGCGGGUGGUGGCGGUGGCGGGUACCACAGGGACUUGGAUGCGAGCGAUCCCGGCAGCCGCAUCCUCAGCCGCGUCGGCACCAAUAAGGAGUUGAUCCAGGAGAUGUAUGAUCUGGCGCUCGCGAACAACGUGAGGCAGGGUGGUUCGGGGACAGAUGUGCAGGCUUUGGUCGGGGUUUGA